AUGGCACCUCUCGUUCUGGCUCCUAAUGUUGUCCAGCGUAUUAUCUAUUUCCUCAUUCACAAUGAUUGUCUCCCUGUCGACCGGCACGCCAAACGUGUUCCAGAUCUUGCAAAAUAUGCCACGAUCAGCCGCAUCUGGCAAGACGGGAUUGAACGUGAGACUUUCGCCUCCUUGCGCCUCGAUUUCGGACGACUAUCAAAGGCCACAUCCAUUGUAACAUCCCAGCGCCGUCGAUACGUUCGGACUAUUAAACUCGACGUCGCACUACCUAAGUCUGGGCCUGUGGAAAGUCCAGAAACUGAUGAAGAGAAGCUUCGAAACAACCGCGCCCUCCAAGCUACCUUUGAAAUGUUUAUGCAAGUUAUGAGUCUGUGGGAGGCGAAAGAUGUACAGCGUGAAGGUAUCAAGCUAUACGUUGAUACAUCUACCCCCGAUGACGCUGUGAGCGGGCGACUCGACUCUCCAAGCUCAUGGAAAAGACAAGAGCAACUCGAGAGAAGACGUGUCUUAUCGUUGUUGGAACUGACAAACCCCGGUCGCAUUACCGACUACCCCCCAGUUGUGGCUAUAACUGAGUACAAAGGGAAUAGCUCAGAAAUAAGUAUUCACAUCUCUGCAGUGGCGACUUGCGUUCUGCUGUCAAAGUUACCAGCCGUAAAAACGGCGUUUAUCGACUGGUGGAGGUGUAGCCACUUUUCGAGAGUUCGGCCAAGUCUUUCAGCCGCUAUAUCUCAGAUUAAUCAACCCAUGGAUGAGUUGUGCAUCUCGGACAGCAGUCUUACAUUCGGCGAUUGGCUUACAUUUACUCCACCAUCUGCCACUUCAAUGCAAGAAUUAGAUGAGCUUUCUAUCUCUAUACGCAAUUUUUCUCAGCGUCUAAAGAGGCUUGAGCUUUAUGACAUCUUAAUCAGCGAUGAACUCUUCUUUCCCGGAACUCUUUCUCUGGGGAUGGCACCCCGAUGGGACCGAUUGGUCAAGCUCAAUUUACACUAUCUACCAGUCACCCAUGCUGGUGAAUGGCUUUUCCUUCCUGACCCAGAUGCAUCCAGCUCUUUCGAAGGAGAAUUGAACAGUGGUGGCUUAUCAUUAUCUUGUGGUGACAUGCCGAUUGGAGAGUCACACCCCAAACCAAGUAUUGCUGCGCCUGCCAUGCAGCGAUUUUAUCUGUCUGUGGCACGCGCGGCUCUACAGAUGCCACAACUGCGGCAAAUGAAGCUUAUAGCGCAACUUGAAAAUAGCAUCAGCUGGCAUAAGUGCUGGCAUAAGUUCCGGUAUUAUACCACGGAGCUGGUGGCAGAAGCACUCUGGACGAGCAGCUCGGGUUUUGUCCCUGACAAUGAGGUGUUGGAUUGCUGGCGAAAGGUACCGAAAAAGCACCUGAAGAAAGAGCUCUUGGUGGAGAUUUCAAAUGAUGAGAAUGCUGUGGAGAGCUUAGGAGAUGAUGAAAGCGACAUGGAGGAAAGUGAUGAGAAACUGGGCGUUGCUUAG